GUAUGAUAUUGAUAGGGCAUGUUCUCAUGGCAACUAAACGCUACGUACCCCUAGUGCCAUACGGUGUCAAAAUCAGUAGAAGCUAUCGCCAAAGUAAAUUGCAACAACGCCUAGCCAUGGAAGCAUCAAGAAAACAACGCGAAAUGAAAGGUAUGCUCCUGGACACACGAAAAACACUUAUGAUGAGCCUUAGGGAUAACACAGGUAUCAACUGGUACAGAGCAACACAAAUAUUAAAACAUCUUGAAGUACACGCUAGGCAACCUAGUGGAGCAUCGCCAGCACUACGUGAAAAAAUAACUAAAAUCGCUGAAAUUGUAAAAGCUGGACGUUAAUCGCAAAGUGCAUGGUA